AUGGAGUCUUCAAAUACUCAACGACGGAUCACGAAGCGGUCAUCUUAUGCGUAUGUGACCGGGCACUUCGCUGACAAGGUAUUUUUGUCUAGAUACCUAUCCGAGUUGCAGCAAAAGGUGGCACGCUUGGAGCGCGCUCAAGCAAGAGCCUUGGUUGAGCAGAGCUUAAGGCAUGCUGCUGGCGAUGAUGAUGCUGUCGCUUGUCGAGAAGGUAAUGACUCCUUGGCUGAAGUUACAUCGGGUUAUGCUCAUUUAGUAAAAAAAGAUGACCCAAACAACCCCUCACGCUUUGAUGAGCGUAGACGGUCAAGCUAUCAUACUCCUGACGGGACGUCCGGACACUCACCACCUGGAGAUGGAGAUGGACCAGACUUGACGAAUCCUCUUACAGCAACACCGUCUCGAUUCUGCAUGUCUGCAUCCAAUGGGCAACCGUACUUUCUUGGCUCUUCCUCAAAUUGGUCAUUCUCUCGUCAAGUCCUAAGCGUCACAUACGAACAUGUCUGCCAGUCCCCCUUGCCCACAAACAGCCUUCUCUUCGACGGCUUCGCAUACGACCUCGGCUGGGACGGCUCCAGGACGACGCAGACCCUGGACAACAGGCUCAUACCGAGCCACGACUACGCCAUCUUCCUCAUCAACGCCGUCAAGUUCCACUGCGGGCAAAUGUUCCACCUUUUUGAGGAGGACGAGUUUAUGCUCAACAUGCAGACCUUUUACUCCAAAUCCUCCACCGACAGGGCGGAGGAGAACAGCCUCUGGUACAUCCACUUCCUCGUGAUUCUGGCCUUUGGCAAGAGCCUCAUCCAGAGAAAGACACGGGGGAACAAGAGACCGGCUGGGGCGGAUUUCUUCGUGCGGGCGCUGCAGCUCCUGCCAGACGUCACCGCGCUCUGCAAGGAGCCCAUCAUGUCGACAGAGAUUCUGUGCUCGAUGGCGUGGUACUAUCAAGCUUUGGACUUUCGACAUGCGGCGCACAAUUUUAUUGGGCAAGCUAAAAGCGUGGCGAUGAACCACGGGAUGCAUACAGACAUGCCGAUAAUGGACUUGGGGCCCGGCCUAGUCCAGCGAUGCCGCAAGAUAUGGUGGACAGUCUACGUUCUCGACCGACAGAUGACUUCCUUGAUGGGGCUGCCUCAGUCUACUCUGGACGAGGGCGUCUUUUGCCAGCUCCCGUCGUAUCCGGGUUCCGUUCAUCGCACCACCGCACUAAGCAUGCAGAUCAAGUUUGCUCGAAUCAUUGCUGAAAUAAGUAGCACCGUCUAUGGGGCGAACGGCCGCCUCAACAAGAAAUUCGUCCUGAGCACAAAGGCGGUGCUGCAAAGCAUUGUUGCCGUGGCUGACGAACUGCGUACUUCGUUUCCUCUCUUUGCAGAUGAACGUUUCGACGGCAUCUCGAGGCUUUCUGCCCAUUUGCAUCUUUUAUAUUACCAGUGUAUUAUCCUUGCCACACGACCUCUACUUUUAUGCUGUUUGAUCAAGAGAUUCAACUCCCCACUCGAGGCGGACUCGUUGAUGGCAUCGCCAAAAGUUCGGAACCCGCUACAAAUGUGCGCAGAGUCUGGUAUCCAGAUUCUUAAUAUUCUCGACCGGCUUAGAGCGCAAGGACUACUCGAAACAUUCCUCCCGCUAGAUUUAGACUCUCUCUUCGUGUCAAUGGUCGCUCUCCUCGUCGCCCGCGGUGUCGACUCGCGCCUCAUAGAGAGCCAAAUACCCUGGGUUGACAAGUCGCACGCCAUUAUCGAAGAAAUGGUGGCCAGCGGCAACCUCAUCGCCGAGUUCAGGAAGAACGAGAUGCAGAAGCUGGAGGAGAUGCUGCUUGAGUUCGACGCCACUCGGCCUCGGCCGCUAAGUGACUUGACAACAACAGCCACCAUCAUCGCGCAGCAGCAGCAGCAGCAGCAACAGCCAGUGCCAUCAUCUGACUGGCAACAACAACCAGAUACUUGCUCGACAGCUGCCCUCCAGCCGGCCCCUUUGCCAGCGGAAACGAGAUCGCCGUUAAGUCAAGAGACGACGUUGCCGGUCUACAGAGAGUUGAGUAAAGACAGCAGCAGCCAGGCGGAGGACUUGACCACGCAGCAAAUUAUAGACGUUGUCAACUCGAUGGAGUGGGAAGACAACGAGUGGAUGUCAUUCACCAUGGUCCAGGAUGAGGCAUAA